CAAAGAAAACGAAACCAGAAGUAUACGUAUAGCCUGCGUUCCUGUGUCAAUGUCCGGCAUCUGCCUAUAAAAUCAGUUUAUGACCACCACAACUGACCGUUCGCCAUCCUGCUACUCAGUGCAAAGACCCCAGGUAACUUGCUCUGACCAACCACCGCAUUCAUCCAUUUCGUCUCGGACCGAAACGCUGAUUCGAAUGUCGCCAAAAUGUCGGAUAAGGCCACUGGAGUUUGUGGCAUAGUAGGUAUAAUUUUCGUUGUUCUUGGAGGCAUUGCAGUGUUUGGGCUGUGGAUGGACCAGUGUCAACUUGGUCACGGUGAUUCCUUGAAUAUCCAAGUGGAUCAAGUCACCUUACUUAGCCCCCCUACUGACAAUGUCUUCUUGGGCUGGGAGUCUCUGUUUGGGAAGCCCGCCGACGAAAUCUCCGUCAAUAUCCACUCGGCCGUCCUCUGUGGCCAUGCGACAAAAGCACAAGAGAUUUUCGAGGGUGAGACUCUCAGGUUCGGAGAGUCGUUGUCCAUCAAUUCUUUCUUCAACUAUGGCGUCUCUUUCUGGCUGGAGGAGUCGGACGGUGGGUUCGAGGGAGCGGAUGAUCUCUCGCAGGUGGUCGAGAUUCCUAGAAGUCAGAUGGAUAGCAUGAGAACGACACUGGACAGCGGGGCAGCAGACUACAUCCAGCUGAAUUACUCAGUCGUGGUCGAGGGCAGAAACAUCUUCCAGGAGAAUUCCUGGUUUGGGUUCCUUGCGGAAAACCUCUGCGUCAGCGCGUUGGACUUUGUGUUCGGACCAUGGACGGGCAAAGCAGUGGGGAAGGCGGUCCUGUUCAACGCUGGCGACAUGGCGAAACUUUACAACGCCGUCAAACUCGAGCACAAGGUCGGGACGCUUACCAAAAAGAGUCUCAUGAAAUCCGUGGUCACCUAUCAAUUCCGCGUGGGAGCCAAGAAAGCGGUCGUCAAACCAUUUCAGAGGAACGUCAUUGCAAUGUUGAAAGAGUGGGCCAUGAACCAGACCAUGCUUGAUGAGGAAAUUACCAACACGGUCAACUACCUGAAAGAGCAAGAAGUUUACACCGAUAACGACCAGCUUGACAAAGGCUUGGAUAUCUACCGGACAGUCAAUGAUGAACUUGGUAAACUGGCUGGCUAUCUGGACUCUCUGACAGAUUCCCUGGAGUUCUGCCUCGCCGAGAUUUUGCCGCCCUCUGAGGAUGCACUGUACUAUCUCAGUAUGACUGUUCGGCGCUAGGUAGGCCUAAUUUAUGCACUUCUAAUUCCACAGGGUGAGUCAAAGAGAAAGUAACCGAGUUUGAAAACAAUGUGGCUCACUCAAGAAAUAUCAUGGGAAUAUAGUAUAUGUUAUUGGCUACAUUUAGCUGUGAAAAUCUCACGUAAUUUGAAAUACUAUAAUCACAAGUAAUCUCUGUAGACCAUUACCAUGUUGCGCUGUUGAAUGGAUUUUACCCAAUUAAAUCAACGUAACCAAAACCGUACUGGAAGGAAAAAUAGUCUGGUUCCUUUUUGCGCAAA